CAACUUAUUCUUCAAAAUUGUGUAGUUUUCUCAAUCGAUUAUAAAAGAUAAAAUAAGAGUUUAAAUCUCUUUAUAAUUUUUUAAUAUUUAGAUCGGUAUGAAAAUAUCAUUAUUUUAACUGUAAAAGAGCUAUUUUAGAGGGAUCUUAUACCCUACUUCAAUCUUUGUAGGAUUUGUUUACUAAUUUAUUUUACUCUAAUUUUUAAUUAAUUUUUCCUAAACCUAACAAAGAAUUCCCAACACGGGUUCAGUGUCGAUACCACAUGUUUCGAUGUCGACAAUAUUCAUUAAAAAUUCUAACGUGAAUCUUUAUUGUCCAAAUCAGCUCCCAGUCAGGCAGCCACCUGUUAAUAUUUUUACACAUCAGCAAUUUAGUAGGUCUGACAGAUGGAAUCCAUUUACCAAGUCAGCAUUGACAUCCAAUUAAUCCUUCAAUAAUAAAAUUGAAAAGGUAAUAUCCUUAAUUAUUUAGAAAUUUUUUAAGGUUAAAUGCUCAUUUUGGUCCCUCAACUUUAUCGAUUUGCACAUUUUUGGUCUUUAAAGUAUUUUGUGCACAUUUCUGAUCCCUCAACUCUAAGAAAUGCACAACAUUUGUCCUUCCAUCAAUUUAGGCCGUUAAUUCUGCCACGUGACAUUUUUUUUUUUUGAUGACAUAGAGAAGACAACUUAAAAAGAUGUUGAUCUGGACUUUUUUUUUUUUCUUUUUUGAUGAGAUGUCAUCUUCUCACACCAAAGCCCUUCCAAUGAGUUCCACAUUACUUGCAAAAAACCACCAAUAAACAGAUUGAAACCAUUUUCUCAGCAGCCAAACACCUUGUACAAUUUUCUAGCCAAACAAAUGGAAACCCACUAAAAAUUGCUUCUUUGCCCAUCGAUCAUUGCAUCUAUUCUUUCCAUCGCCGACAAUGUUCUUUCCAUUUUGAACAUUAAAAUAAUUUAGACAAU